AUGGAUUCUAGCGGUGCAUCACAAGUCAUUUCUGCAUUGGAACUUAUUUAUGAACCUAAGUCCACAAAUGAACAAAGAUUAGAAGCCCAAAAAUUUCUAGAUCAAGUAAAACUUCAAGAUGAGUCGCCUUAUUGGGGUUAUGAUAUUGCCAUCAAUAAUCAAGAUAACCAUAUACUAAAAUAUUUUGGAUUAAAUAUGAUAAAUGAUUCAAUUCAACAUAAAUGGAUAUCUUAUGAUGACGCUAAGAAAAACACAGUUAGACAAUGGAUUAUAGAAUUGAACUUGAAGAUUUCUGAUAAAGAUCCAAGAUAUAUUAAAGAAAAGUUAGCCUUUCUAUGGGUGGAAGUUGCCAAAAGGGUAUGGGGUGAAGUUUUGAAAGAUAACACACCUUCUAGUGAUGAUUUCAUAAAUUCAUGGGUUGAUAUGGAUAGUUCAUUAAAUGAAUUAUGGAACAUUGGAAAUUCGUCUAGGGAGUUAACUUUGAUCAUUUUUAGAAUAUUGUUUGAAGAUGUCUUUUUAUUAGACGACUUAAUUGUCCUAAAAAGAAUGACUAUUAUUCAACCCUUAUGCGUUAUGAUUGUAUGUCCAAUGGAUGUGUUUUCAAAAAGAUAUAAGUUCAAUGAAAAUUGGAAAUUAUUUAAAUUUAACGAAAAUGGUUGGUUUAGUGUUUGGGCUAAUGAGUUAUACAAUACGCUAGAUAUGAUGCAAAAUACAAACCAUGUGUUGAACGAUAACUACAAUGACCAGAAUGCUAAUUAUGUCAUAAGGUUACUUGAAACAUUGAAAACAUGUUUAAAUUGGCCAUUAAGUGAUGUUAUUAUUCGAACUAAUAUUUUAGAUAUAUUGUUAAAAUGCUUUUUAUCCAAUAUACCAAAAGCCCAAUCUACUGCAUUAGAUGCUAUCCAUAUUCUUUUAACAAGGCCGUACAAUAAUGAAGAGCAUCACCAAGAAAUAAUUAAUAAACUGUUUAGCAACAUGGAUCUGCUAAGCCAGCUAUAUGAUAAUUUACAAUUUAACACUAGUGUAGAUGGUGUUGAUGAUGUCAAGUACCCAAUUUUGAAAAAAUACGUUGAUAUGAUUAGUUGCUUAUACUCUUGUAUUUUCAAAUUAAACAAUUCUGAAGAACUUAUAGAUAGGUAUUUAAAGCUAGUUAUGAAAGCCACAAGAAAUGAUAGUUUAAUUGUGAGUGGACUAACGCUUGACUUAUGGUGUGCAUGUCUAAGAAAUGACGAUUGUUUACCGCUCUUGGAAAAUGGGUUAAUACCUGAGUUAUUGUCUUUUUCUGCCGGGGCUUUGAUAUACUAUGAACAAAUUGAUGGUCACAUAUCCAAAGAAUAUGUAGAUAUAGAUUUCCAAUCCACCUCUGAGUUCCAGAGCUUUUGUUCUACAUAUAGGAAGAGAAUAAGAGAUAUAAUUAGAUUGAUAUCUUGUGUUAAAGUUGAUUUUACUAAUGAUUGGUUAAAUAAUCGUCUAAACGAGUACUUUAGUUCACCUCCCGGUCAACUAGUACUGAAUUCGACAUUUUUAGAUACCAAAUCAGAGCCAUAUCUUGGCGCAUUAUCACAAUUGAUGAUCAUUGAAUGUUUUAUAAAUGGUUGCAUUCGUUGGAAAAUAUGGUAUCCUAAUGGAGAAGAUUACGAUGAAAAAUUAGACGAUAUUUUGGGAAAAUUACAAGUAUUAUCAAAUCAACUUAUUGCAUUAAAUAUAAGAGUCCCGCUUCUACUUAAAAAACAAAUUCAAAAUUUUGCACUUUUCUUAACCAUGUUAAAGGAUAACGUUAUAUUCACCUUACUAGAAAAGAUCAUAAUCAGUGCAACCAUGGACUAUCCAAACGUCGAUUUAGAGGAAAGAAAUGAUGAAGCUGAUGCAGUUAGAGAUUUAAGAUAUGCGUGCGGUAUUGAAAUUAAUAGAAUGGCUUUAUUGAUGCCUGAAUCGUUAAAAUCUAUAUUUCCCGAAUUGGAAAAUGUAAUAGCUAAAAUUAUGCCAAAUUUAUCUUAUCAUGAAAAAAUCUCAUUUAAAUCCUUUUUGUUAACUAUCAUUUUGAAAUCUUCUUUAGACAAUAAGGAGGAAAGAUUUUCUGCAAUUGUUGAUCCAGAAUUAUUAGCCUGGUCAGAUAAAUCUACUGUUAUGGGAUUAAGUGACUUACCUUGGUUUAUGGAAAGGUUGGGAAUUGUUAAGAUAUCAGAAUAUUUCCAAAAAAGAGGGAUUAAAGAAGAUAGUGAUCUGUUAACGAUUCCAAUCGAUGAUGAAGGUAAACAAUUAAAACAAGAAUUGACGAAACACUGGCAAACCUUGUUUCCUGUUCGUGCUACUAGAAUGUUUAUUCAUUAUUCUAUGCAAAAUAUUAAGAAGGAAGAAGACUUUAGAUUAAUUCAAGAACUAUGGAGGCCUAGAAUAGUUCCUAUUUUGCCUUACAUCAUGAGAUUACUAUAUCAGUUACAAUCAUAUCAUGAUCCAGCAAAUUGGAAAGAAUUACCAAAUGUUGUGCAAAAAUUUGUGGAGUACUCUACUGUAGAAAGAUUCUGGGAGGCCGGUACUUCCAAUAAGUCCAAAGACGAGUUUAUUGAUGAACAUUUAAAAGCAAUGCAAACUCUUCGUGAUUUUGCAGAUUCUGUAGGUCAUAUUGUGAGAUACACACGAGAGUACGUUUUACUAGUUAUCAGUGGUAUAUCUUUUUUAGGUAGUGUAUUUUAUGAUGAUGUCAAUGCGCCAAAUUUAUUAAUCGAUUCCAUCGCGAUAUAUAACCCACAAUCAAAUGAAAUUAGUCCCGGUGUAUCUACACAUGGGUGGAAACAUAUUUUAAAUGUUGCCAUAAGGCCAAUAUUAAGAAAUUGCCCUGACUCAUCUGCUCCAGGAUUUAUGAAAGCCUUUUUACCUAAAUUUUUUGGAACGCUUGAUGUUUUAAUAACAGAGAAAUGGUCAACCCAUAUGCAUGCUGAUAUGGAAGUUGUUUCCUCUGUUGACGAAGAUGAGAUAACUGAUGAAAUCAUGGAAGAAAAUUUAUUACGUCAAUUUACCUCAGUGACUGUUCGUAUUCUAAUUGAUUGCGUUGGCCAAGGAGGUACAAACACCUCUUCUUCAAAAUCCAAAUUUAGCCAACAUCAAUUAAAAAUGAGGAAAAUAAUAUUUGAAGACGUUUCUAUACUGGCGCCAUUUUUGAAAUUACUAAAUCAUUUAAUGUCGGUCAAGGAUGGAAAAUGUUCAUUUAAUUCCAUAUUAAUAAUGAAGGUGUGUUUAUCUGAAGUUUUAAUCAAUAAUGGACAUGUCGAUGAGUUUUUCACUCAUGAAGUAAUGAAAAAUCUACUACUAAAUAUUCUCUGUAACAGUGCUUAUAAAGAUUCUUUUUCAGAAGCUUUAUAUAUUUUUACAGUUUUAUUCUUAACAUUAAUUAAAGAAUACGAUUCAACUAGAAUAUUCCUAAUUGGGAUUUCUAAUGGAUAUAAUAUCUCCAAUUUAUACGAACAGCUAAGAAAUGUAGAUAACUACAAAGGCCAAAGAAGUUUGAUGAUAGAAUAUAUUGAAUGGGUUAAGAAUUCACUUAAUAUUAAUGAAGAUGAAGGCACUGAUCGCGUUGCAGAGGAAAGAAGAAGGAAAGAAAAGAGAGAGGCUACAUUACAGAAAGCAAACGAUCGUUUAGUUAACAAAAAUAAAGAAAGUGGGGACAUACUCGAUGAUCCUAAUACUGAAGACGCUGCAUUUGGGACAUUGUUCCAAUAA